CACCCCUGUGAAAAUGGAAAAUCCUUUUGAAUAAAGCCUAACCAAAAUAUUGUUGAAACUACUUGUACCCAACUGCAUUUGUGUUCCUCAGUUUCUGCUAAUUUUCUCCUUUUUCACAUUCACAUUAUGUGUGUGUGCCUGCUUUGAUGGCAACUCACAAGUAUCCCAAAGUAUGAAUCUUUUUGUUGUUCUUUUCAAAGAUCCCUGACCCACCAUUGCCACACUCCGAGUUUUCCAGCUUUCUUGUUCAAUAUUUGUUUGUUGAUAUGCGUGUGUUAGCUUAGCAAAGACAGCAAGAGCAUGAUGGGGGAGGUAUCUGAGAUGGAAGCUAUGGAGCUGGACAAGAUUGAAGAAGAAUGCUGCCCUGUAAAACAAGUUGAAAUCACGGUUCCCAAAACCGACGACCCGACUUUGCCUGCCGUCACAUUCCGGAUGUGGUUUCUGGGUCUCGGUUCCUGUGUUGUUCUCUCGUUUGUCAACCAGUUCUUUUGGUACAGGACGAUGCCCUUGUCGAUUUCUUCCAUCUCCGCCAUGAUUGCCGUCGUGCCACUCGGCCAUUUGAUGGCGAGAACGCUGCCUCAUCGCCUGUUCUUGGAGAACACGCGAUGGGAGUUCACCAUGAACCCUGGUCCAUUCAAUAUGAAGGAGCAUGUUUUGAUUACUAUCUUUGCCAACUCUGGAGCUGGAACUGUUUAUGCCACUCAUAUUUUGAGUGCUGUUAAGCUCUACUAUAAGAGGAAUCUUACAUUUAUCCCUGCCCUUCUUGUUAUGAUGACAACCCAGGUUUUGGGGUUCGGUUGGGCCGGGAUUUUCAGGAAAUAUCUGGUUGAGCCAGGGGAAAUGUGGUGGCCUAGUAACCUGGUCAUGGUCUCCUUGUUCAGGGCUUUGCACGAGAAAGAGAAGAGACCGAAAGGCGGAACAACUCUUAAUCAAUUCUUUCUGCUGGUCUUGAUCUGCAGCUUUGCCUACUAUGUUCUCCCUGGAUAUCUUUUCAGCACACUGACUUCAUUCUCCUGGGUUUGCUGGUUGGCUCCCAAGUCAGUUUUGGUCCAACAACUCGGCUCGGGCUUGAAAGGACUUGGAAUUGGUUCGUUCGGUCUCGACUGGGCGACAAUUUCCUCGUACCUAGGAAGUCCACUCGCUAGUCCAUGGUUUGCUACUGCCAAUAUCGCGGUCGGUUUCUUCCUUGUGAUGUACGUCAUGACACCACUCUCGUAUUGGUUUGAUGUCUACAAAGCCAAAAACUUCCCCAUUUAUUCUAGUAAACUUUUCAAGUCGAACGGUGAAUUGUACGACAUAUUGAGCAUCGUCGAUCCCAUGUUUCAUCUAGACAAGGAGGCUUACGGGCGAGACGGGCGAGUACAUCUCAGCACUUUCUUUGCUAUGACCUACGGCAUUGGUUUCGCUACCCUUACUGCAACAAUUUUCCAUGUCCUACUGUUUGAUGGAAGAAACCUAUGGCAGCAGACCAAAAGUGCAUUUCUAGAUAAUAAGAAGAUGGACAUUCACACAAAGCUUAUGAAGAAGUACAAAUUCGUUCCUACGUGGUGGUUCGUCGCAAUCCUCAUGUUGAAUCUUGCCCUUAUACUAUUCAUUUGCGAAUACUAUAACGAAACGCUCCAGUUGCCCUGGUGGGGUGUAUUAUUAGCUUGUGCCAUUGCUUUCUUCUUCACCCUUCCUAUUGGCAUCAUUGCUGCUACCACAAAUCAGGCUCCGGGUUUGAACAUUAUUACUGAAUAUGUGAUUGGAUAUAUGUACCCAGAGCACCCUGUUGCUAAUAUGUGCUUCAAGGUGUAUGGAUACAUAAGCAUGGCUCAAGCUCUAACCUUUGUUUCGGACUUCAAACUCGGCCAUUACAUGAAGAUUCCUCCUCGAUCGAUGUUCACAGCACAGGUGGUAGGAACAAUUGUUUCAGUCUUUGUGUACACCCUAACAGCAUGGUGGCUUAUGGAAGAAAUUCCCAAUCUUUGUGAUACCUCCUUGUUGCCACCUGACAGUCCAUGGACUUGUCCAAUGGACAACGUGUUCUUCGAUGCAUCCGUUAUAUGGGGGCUAGUCGGACCACGCAGAAUAUUCGGAACGGAAGGUGAGUACGGGAACGUCAAUUGGUUCUUUCUUGGAGGAGCACUAGCUCCUCUCCUAGUAUGGCUGGCGCACAAGGCAUUUCCAGAUAAAGAAUGGAUUCGCCUCAUCCACAUGCCGGUCCUCUUGGGCGCAACGUCUAUGAUGCCUCCGGCCACCGCAGUAAACUUCACAAGUUGGCUGAUUAUGGCCUUCCUUUUCGGAUACGUUCUUUACAAAUACAGACCAGAGUGGUGGAAACGCUACAAUUAUGUCCUCUCGGGUGGUCUCGAUGCCGGAACUGCUUUUAUGACGAUCUUGUUGUUUCUUGCACUACAAUCAAAGGACAUUGGCCUCCAAUGGUGGGGCAACAAUGGAGAAGGGUGUCCCCUUGCUGCUUGUCCAACUGCAGAAGGCGUAAUUGCUGAUGGCUGUCCUGUUACCUAGUAUUUGUGUUAGAACUCGUAUAUCUCGUGUUCUUCUGACAAUUACCAAUGUUUAACUACAAGCUUAUAUUGUCAACUCUGUUCUUUCAUGUCAGAUUUAGAAUUUUUGUGGUUGGAUUCAAA